AUGAGUCCAUCAGCAAAGAAGAGGCCCCGGAAUAGUGUGGGUUCCAAGAUGCAAGAUGAGGAACCACACAAGAUACAGCAGCCUGUCAGCAAAUUAUUUAAGUGGAACCGACUUAAAAUGGUGUUAAAAAACUUGUCGCUCUUGAGGCUACUCAAGAACUCAAACCCCCGGAUCCAAGAACUGCAUAACCUGGCCAAAAGGUGUUGGAAUUCACCGUUCAAAGUUCAGAAGGUCCUCCUGAUCUCUAGGGACACGGUCCGUGCUCAAGUGGACCAGAACAAGGCGGAGCCCCAGGAGGCCUGCUACUCCAAGAAGAAACUGGAGUCAAAGACCUUGGGGAAGCCUAAGGAGUCAAAGCCCAAGGAGGGGUUGCCAGAGAGGAAGGCCAGGCAGUCGUGUACGGCAGUGCCAGAGAGAGAAAAACAGGUGAAGCCUGAAGGCCUGAUGACUUUGAGGGGUCAUGGCCAGACCACUUGCCCUGGAGCCUGGGGGAGGCACCUACUCACUGGGGACCCUGGAGUUGUCUUCCCGAAGACCCACCAUGGGCACAAGGAGCAGCUGGAAGGAGCCGACCAGAGGAACUGGUUUGAGGGGCUGCCCACGCGAGUCCACCUCCCAGGACCCCGGGUGAUGUGCAGAUCAUCCACCCUGCGCUUCGUCAAGCGCUGCUGCACCCGCUUCUGCUCUGCGUCACUUGAGCUGCCUAUGUGCCAUCCAUACAGGGUGUGA